AUGGUCCAGUUUGCUGAUGACACCACCACCGUAGGACUGAUAACAAACGAGUCAGCCUACAGGGAGGAGGUCCAGCACUUGGCAGAAUGGUGUCUCAGCAACAACCUGGAACUGAACACCAGCAAGACCAAGGAACUGGUUGUGGAUUCAGAUGAUCCACACACACGGAGCACUCUGCCCUCUGCAUCAACAGAGGAGGUAGAGAGGGUGGAGAGCUUCAGGUUCCUUGAAGUGAACAUCUCAGCCGACCUCACCUGGGCCAACAACAUCUCCUACCAGUCUGACGAGUCUAAGGAGUCUAAGGAGUCUGACGAGUCUAACCUGUCUGACGAGUCUAAUGAGCCUAGCGAGUCUUACGAGUCUGACGACUCUAACCAGUCAGACGAGUCUAAGGAGUAUGAGGAGUCUAACCAGUCUGACGAGUCUAACGAGUCUAAGGAGUCUAAGGAGUCUAAGGAGUCCAAUGAGUCUAAGGAGUCUGAAGAGUCUGAGGAGUCUAAGGAGUCCGACGAGUCUGAGGAGUCUGAUGAGUCUGACGAGUCUAAUGAGUCUGACGAGUCUGAGGAGUCUAAGGAGUCUAAGGAGUCUAACGAGUCUUACGAGUCUGAUGAGUGUAACAAGUCUGAGGAGUCUGACGAGUCUAACAGGUCUAAUGAGUCCAGUCACUGA